AUGUCAGCAGCUAAUUCCCUCCAGCUGGGUAUUGUUGCUCUUGAGGAUAUUCCUGCUAUAACUGAGUUAUGGUAUACUGCAUUCACUGAUCCUGGAAUGCGUCAUCUGUUUCCUGAUACCUCGAGUGUGCGACAAUGGUGGGAUGAUGCCAAUCGGCAUGACCUCCUUCACAAGCCAUUCCAGAAAUACCUUAAGGUUGUCGACCCAGAAUUAGUUGACAAAGAUGGUCGGUCUAAACUGGUCGCCUAUGCCAAAUGGGAUAUGGCCGUUGACUUCCAACAACGCGGUAGUCGGUUUCCUCCGUGGCAUGCUGAGAUGCCUGGACAAGACUGCGAUGCUUUCUUUACAGGAUUGGAUAGGGGGAGGGCAAGGAUUAUGGGGGAUAAGAAUCAUAUUUAUCUAGACAUGCUAGCCACUCAUCCUGACUACAGAAGACGCGGGGCUGCCUCAUUGCUUGUCGGUUGGGGAUGCAAGAUUGCAGAUCAAAGGGGUCUAGAAGCGUAUGUGGAUGCCAGUAAGGAUGGUGCUCCUCUGUAUGAGAAAUUCGGCUUUGUGGAUCGCAGUGAUCCUACCGCGACGAUUGAGGGAGUCACUUCAAUGGUUCGGUCUUUGGAAUGA